AUGCAGCUGGGGAAAGUGGCUGAGCAGUGUGCGACGUUGGCGGUGGGCGUUGUCCUCAUGAUCAUCGGUGGAAUGGGCUUGAAAGAGUCCCGCGAGUGGGACGAGGGAGUUCCAGAGGAAGCGGAGAGCGCAUUCAGCUGGAGGACUUUUGGUACCGGGAUGUUGUCCGGUAUGCACCCCGACGCGUUGCUGCUGUGCUUGCCAGCGCUCGCUCUACCGACCAGGUCGGCGGGCCUGAUUUUCCUCACCUCCUUCGGCGCCGGCUCCAUGCUGGCGAUGGGCGGCUAUAGCGCGGCCCUGCGGGCCGCAUGCAAAUCACUGGGUGAGCAAGCUGUGCGGCGCACCUCUUCCAUCGCCUCGGCGCUGGCCAUCGGUUUAGGGAUGCUGCGGUGGUACAAGCACGAGUUCUUCACCUGGACAAAUGCGCCCAGGUGCGACUUUUGCCGUUCCACAGACACCAAGACCAUCGGCGGCACAGAGCCGACCCCCGAGGAGCAGCACUUCCUCGCCUUCAAAGUGGAGGUGGCGAAGUGCAAUGCCUGCGGCCAGCAGACCCGGUUCCCCCGCUACAACGAUCCUGCCAAGCUGCUGGAAACUCGCACUGGCCGCUGCGGCGAGUGGGCCAAUUGCUUCACGCUGCUUUGCCGUGCUCUGGGUUACGAAGCCCGCCACGUGCACGACUGGACGGACCACGUGUGGACGGAGGUCUUCUCAGACUCCGAGCAGCGAUGGAUUCACCUGGACUCCUGCGAAGCGGCCUUCGACUCACCCUUGAUGUACGAGAAGGGCUGGGGCAAGAAGCUGACCUACUGCAUCGGCUUCGCCCGGGACCAUGUGACGGACGUGACUAGAAGGUACACACAGAAGUUCGAGGAGCUCUUGACGCGGCGCACGGCCUGCACGGAGCAGGACCUCAGCCGCACCGUGGCGGCGCUCUCGGAGUUUGCCUUGGACCGCUCCGUGUCCCAGCUGCCGGCAGCGGCCGCGGAGGCGCGGCGCGCGCAGCUGGCGUCGCGGGGCGCGGCGGAGCAGACGCAGCUGGCGGCCGCCCAAAGCGGCGCCAAGGCGGAGGAGGAGGUGGGGCGGACGAGUGGGGACGCUGCUUGGCGAGAGCAACGGGGCGAGCUUGGCGCGAACAGCGCAGCCAAGCAGAAGGCGCUGGCGUGCAGCGAGCUGGGGGUGGAAGGCGCUGCUGCGCCCGCCUCGAAGCCGGCCGAGCCGAAAGCGCCGGCCUCGACGCCGGCUGCACCAAAAGCUCCGGCCGAAGGCCAUUCCAGCCAGGAGGCCCAGGCGAGGAUGCGCGCGAGGAUCGCCCAGUUUGUGGCAGAGGGGAUGACGGCCAACGAGGCACUCUUGAAGGUCAUCCAGGAAGCGAAGAUGACAAACGCCUGA